AUCAAUUUUUUUUCAAAUUAUUUGUAUUUUGGCGAAUUUUAGCGUGUUUGAAAACGUUGUAAUAUAUCAAGUGGCUCCUAGCUAUUUUUAACGAUACACAAUAAAACAUACUGUGUACAAUCAUACUGAAUAAGAGCGAUGUAAUAUCCCAUAUCGAAUAUUCAUAUGUGUGAACUGUGGAAUAUGAAUUGAUACAGCUGUAUCACCCCUGUAUGGUUUUAUAUGACAGGAAGUUUUUUACAGUGUUAGUAAAAUUUUUUAAAUAAGAAAAUAAACGUUAAAUGGCAUAAGACAGUACAACAUUAAAGAGGGGUAACAUGUAUGCACAUCUGUGACAUUGCCUCUCAAGUACGGCUUGUAUCUGCCAAAUUACAACUUUUAAAUUUGGAAAGAAUGGCACACGGGCAGGAAAAACGAAAAGCGGAUCUGAAACUUGUUAUUCUUGGGGAUUCUUCAGUUGGCAAAACCACACUGAUUCAUAGAUAUAUGGAAGGCAUUUUCACUAACAAAACAUCAACUAUCGGUGCAUCAUUCAUUUUAAAACAAUGGGGACCAUAUAAUGUUGCAAUUUGGGAUACCGCAGGAGAGGAGAAAUAUGCUGGGCUUUCUUCGUUUUAUUGCCGUGGUGCUUCAGCGGCAAUUUUAGCUGUCGACUUAACCAGACAUAACUCUUUGAAUGUCUUAAAAGACCGACAUAUUCCCUUGUUACAAAGUGCUGAGGAAGACUGCUUGUGUGUUGUUGUUGGCACCAAACUUGACCUGGUUAAUGAUACCACAAGACAGAUUUCAACUGACAUUGGUAAAGCUUUGGCCAAGACCCAGAAUAAGGAAAGAUUGGACAAAUUGAAUGUUGUGCCGUAUUUUGAAACAAGUUCAAAGACUGGCAAGAAUGUUGAGAAUGUUUUUGAUUUCAUUUUGAAUACAUGCUUACCACUGGAUGGUGAUUGUGAGGAAAAAGGGGGAAGGACAAUGUCUAGUGGAGAUUGUGUCGACCUCAAUGCACCAAAGCAUUGUCAUCAGAAAAGAAAAUGUUGUUAGUUAUUAACAGUACCUAGAUUAAUGUAAUUAUUUUAGUACAAAAUUUAGUUUAUAGAUAAUUUGAUAUAAUAUAAUUUAAUCUCCUCACUACAAUACCAAUGGUUGGUUUUAUGGUAAUGUAUCCACAACAUAGAUAACCUGAAUAUACAAGAGUAAGAAGACCAUUCCACACAUUCAUCAAGUUACGAAAAAUUAAAUGUGAAGUUCUUUUAACCCAAAUUUAAUAAGCUUGAUAAAGUUUGUAUUUUUCAACAAAUACCUCGUAAAUUAUUUUUACAAUAUCUAUAUCAUCCUAUUUGCAUAAUAUGAUUUUUCAUAAUAUAACAAUUUUCUCCUGCAAGGAGGGAAACUUUGCUCAAAGCCCAUUUAUUUUAAACAGUGGAUAGGUUGAAAUUAAAUAAUUCCAUAUAUAUUGUAAAUGACUGAACUCAAUUCUUGCUGUUGCCAUUGUCGCUAUACAAGUUGGUGUUAUGUGUACUUUGGUUCAAUUGUUUGAAGAAUGCCUGUAAUAUAUUCAACCCAUCAACUGUUUAGCCUAAAAAGCUUUCAACAACUGGCUCAGAUGAGGCCAAAUUUACUGCCAAAUACUAGAUGUAUAAUUCUAUUACCAAUACCAAGCAAUACAAAAUGAUGGUUUAUAACUCAAUGCAGCUUUUUCUAGAAC